AUGGAUAAAGCAAAGAAGAAGUUCGCAUCAGCAAUCGAUGGUUUGCGAUCGCUUCAUAAUCGAAUUGAAAUCGCAGUUGAUGAAAAAAUUCAACCUGAGCAUUGCUGCUUUGAAAAGAUUGUGCGGCAUGGGUUUCCCGAUGAUGCACGAUGCCUGGCUUACGACCCAGUGCAGCGUCUACUAGCAAUUGGAACUGGACAUGGAUUAGUUAGAAUCAUAGGUGAUGUAGGAGUAGACUACUUGUUGCGACAUGAAUCGGACCACGCUGUGAACCAUAUCCAGUUUCUUAUUAACGAGGGUGGCUUGAUUACGGCAUGUGGGAACGAUAUUAUACAUCUGUGGAAUUACAGGCAAAAAACACCGGAGAUUGUGCACAGUUUAAAACUGAAUAAAGAAUCAGUCACGUGUAUUAACCUUCCUAUGGGUAACAGAUGGUUGUAUGUUGGAACGGACAAGGGAAACGUUUAUUUCGUGUCUGUAGGCACUUUCCAGUUGAGCCCAUACAUCAUCAACUGGAAUAAAGCUAUUGAUCUGAGCUGCCGCGUACAUCCUGGUCCUGUGAAGCAAAUAGCUCCAAGUCCUACAGAACCAACGAAGCUUCUCAUUGCAUACGAUAAAGGCGUUAUGGUGCAGUGGAAUUUGGUUACCAAGGAAGUUGAUCGAUUUCCACUCGACCCACCCAUAAAAUGCUUUAGCUGGCAUUACGAAGGAAAAUCUGUUAUGACUGGAAAUGUGGAUGGGUCCAUUUGUGUAUAUAGUAUGAAAAGGACUAAUGAACCGCAACAAAAGACGUCACCACAUGGUCAAGGCCCUUGUCGACCAAUAAUGAUCAUCGACUGGAAGCAUAACACCGACGGUGAUCAGUUGGUUGUAUUUGCCGGAGGCAUGCCGACCGAUGAUGGUUUACCCGUACCAGCUCUCACGUUCCUUCGUGCAUCGAAAUCGGCGACUGUCCUUGAAAUGGACCAUCCUAUUUUAUCCUUCGUGACUUUGCCACAGAUCCCCUUCGUCUCCUGCCCCCAACAACCCCAAGCUUUAGCAGUUCUACUAAAAGGUGAACUGAUGAUGAUCGACCUUAUGACACCAGGAUAUCCGUGUAUGGAAUCGCCUCAUGCUAUGGACUUGCAUGAAGCUCCUAUUACUUGCGUUUCCUAUUACUCAGAUUGUCCAAGCGAUCUCGUCGGUGCAUUGACCCUCGUGGGCUGCAGACAAAGAAGAAAAGGCUACAGUGAAAGGCCGUGGCCUGUAAAUGGUGGUAUUGGACGGGAAUGUGCAGCCGGUCAUCAGGAGCUCAUAAUUACUGGACAUAAAGAUGGUACGGUGAGGUUUUGGCAAGCUUCGGGGGAAAACCUACAAAUUCUCUACCGACUGAAGACUGCGUCUCAUUUUGAGCGUCUAGAAGAACUAGAAGGCUGUGAGAAGGUCUCUCACGCUGUGAAAUCUGUCGAAUUAUGCGUCGAAUCCCGUCUUCUUCUUGUAUCAGGAGUAUCGGGCCAAGUCACAUUGUUUCGCUUCACGAAGGCUGAAAGCAUGAACACUAUUGCGGUUGUUCAAAUACCAUUGUUAGGGGCGUGUACAUCAAACACCGCUGAUGAGCGCAUGACACCUCUUCCUGCGCCGAAAGAAAUCCGACGACAGAAAAAGGUGAUCAGUAGAGACUCUACCCACAGUCCAGAUACAAGUGACGCCUCUGGAGAUGAGCAAAUAGUGCCAUUCAAAGUUCGCGGUGCGCCUGUAAAGCGUGCAGCUGGUUAUCAGCCGGAAUUGGCUUGUCUCGUUCCGUGGCCGUCCACUUCUCAUGCUGACUCCGUGACAGCUACUGCUUUGAAUUCUGCUUUCGGUGUGAUAGCUCUCGGUAUGUCCAACGGCCUCGCUUUGGUAGAUAUUGCUCAGUGUGCGUUAAUUUAUGCAUGGAGCACAUCUGAAUUGUAUGGUUCUGAUCCGACACCUGCGAUUCAGUUGCAGAUGGGUGAUGUUUCCUCUCCAAGCCCAGUCGAGCUAAACAGUGAAGAUGACGACGUAAAGAUGUUCUGCAAAGGCGAAGCGACGUCGCCACUACGAAAAGCACCGUUGUCACCAAAGCCAAGCGUCGUGUCAGUGUUUCGACGCAACACUGCAGAGUUUGCUGCUUCGAUACGUGAGCGCUACCGCGAAGCUCGUCGAGAACCUACAGAUAGACCAGAUACCGAAAUUGGAGAGGAUGCCCUUCUGUCUAUGCAGACAAAGCCAGGACGAUGCCAGUCGGAGCGAAAUGGUGGAUUUAUACGCCGUCUGACGAAAAAAAGAACAGCCGUCACGCGGAGUCUAUCUCUUCACUUGCAUAAAACCGAUGAAGGUCAGUUUGUGUUGUGUUGUGUUUCACCAUUAACUGAAAGAAACCAGUUGGUGCGAUUGAAUACGGAUAAUCGUCAGAAGUCGUUCGAUCGGCGUCGAGAGCUCUUCAAAGCUUAUUCCAUGGCGGUAACUCAGAGCGAACAAUGCAAUGGCGGAAGUCCUCGAGGCGAGACGCCUCGUGAUUCCCCUGUCCUCAGCAGAAAUCGGGAUGGAACAGGACCUUCCCCAUCAAUUUCUUCUCAUAGUUUGGAGAAGCUGAAUAUAGCUGCUGGAGAAUCAGUCUCCUCUCUAACAUUUAUACAUUCGUUCUCGCGGAGAAAUGAUCCUCGUUCGUCUCCAUGCUUAUGGGUAGGAACGAGUGCAGGUGCCUCCAUUGCGUUAAAUCUGAUUCUUCCUCAGGAUCGUCUCAUUUCCACAGUCGUCAUAGCACCGUCAGGAACGGUGGUGAAGCUAAGAGGCCAAGUGCUCUACCAAACGUUUAUGGAUCAAUCGUUUUGCCUUACAUCAGGUGCAAGUGAGUCGUAUAAGGAGACCAGCAAAGAGAGCAAAGACUCAGGAAGUCCCGAAAAAACGUUCACUAAUCGGAUUUUAACAAAGGCUAGUUUGUCCCCGACGUAUUCAUCCUCACUCGAUCUUGCUGAAGAUAUUCUUCAAACUCUGAUUAUUGUUGCUGAAUUCGAAGUGAAAGUCAUUGCACUACCUUCAUUCAGUCAACUUUUUGUGCAUAAAUGUGAAGAAAUUCCUUUAGUUAAGGCUCAAGCUACUCAUGUUAGAGGUUAUCCUGUGUUAAUGUGUUUAUCUGCUGAUGGAAAGUUGAUAGUACUUUCAUUACCUUCUCUUCGAAUCCUUCAUCAGGCACCAUUCCUUCCCCACUCAGUUGAGAUCGAAGAUGCCAUAUGCCAAAAGAUAUCGUUCUCGGAACAUGGCCUUGGAAUUUACAUGGCUAGUCCAUCUGAGGUUGAAAAAUACACGAUAUGCUCCGAAUUAGCUGAACAAGCUGCGGAAUCUCUAGGCGAGUUGUUCGUUGCGUGUGAUCUUCCUGAACCACCGCGAAACAAUAGCUCAUUUUUAAAGGGCGUAUCAAGCAUGUUCACAGGCACACAACGGCAAGACUCGUACGAUGUCGACACUAUUCUUUCCGACCGAGAGAAAGCCAGCGGUGGUGUAGGCGGAGGUGUCACACGUGCUGUGGCAAGGACUAUUCCUGGACCUUCCGGGAAUAUGGAACGAGCUCAAGCUGGUGGAAUUUCUGCAGGACAAGCAGCCGCUAUGGCAUUACAAAACAUAUCGGAACGAGGUGAAAAAUUGAGCGCAACUGUAGAUGCCACGGAAAAUCUGCGGAACAGUGCGAUGAACCUUUCGCAGCGGACUGGCAAGCUGGUGGAGAAACUAGAAAAGAAGAAGUGGUACAACUUCUAA